GAGAGAGAGUGCGUGAGAGAGAGAUCGUUGUUGCCGAUAUAACUGCUUUUUCUUUCACUGAGGAUACCUAACCACGCAGAUAACAGCUCGUCGGACGCAUCCGCAUGCAAGAUCCAACUCCUCCAGCUGUCGGCCUGAAUUAGUAGUGCGCCGUGAAGGGAGAACACACUCUGCCGUGCCUCGGCACUUCUUAGACGCUCGUCCUUGACAUCCAAAUGCUCUGUCUAUAUUGCUGUGCCAGCUGCCUUUUGUGAAUUAUGACAACGGUUGGUUUGUUUACUCGGGAAAGAAGUCCAUCCCCUACAUGCUGAUGAGCAAGUCACAUGAUGUAAUGAAGAGGGGCCGUGAGUGUGCGAUCCACCAAGUGUCUGCCAGCAGGAUAUGAGUAUUUUGAGCCCUGUGACAGUCGACAAAUCAAACCUUUUGGGAAUCGUGGGAAGGCCAGAAGACUACCCCAGAGCCAUGCAGUCGGAGGAGCUGUUCAGCAGGAAGCUCAAAGCCCUGAAUGGGGGCAUGGGACCGCCAUCCUCUGGCACACCGGGGAAGCCUGACGGAGGAGGCAAAACGAAUGGCACCCCAGCCAUGCCUAAAAUGGGUGUCAGGGCUAGGGUGACGGAUUGGCCACAGAGGAGGGAUGGGUGGGACGGACGGCCUUCACCAAAUUACCAGAGUGUGAUACCGGCAUUUCAGAAUGGCCAACCAGAUGAAACCACGGAAAUACUGGAGCAAGGUGAGCCAGUCACUCUGGACACAGACUACUCUGACAAUAAGUACAUACUGAGUGACCUCCUCUGCCACUCCCCACUCAAGGGUCUCCACCCUAUCCGCCAGCGCAGCAACAGCGAUGUCACUAUAAGCGACAUCGACUCGGAGGACAUCAUGGACCAGAACGCUGUCAACCCGAACACAGGGGCCUCAUUGCACCGUGAGUACGGCAGUACAUCCUCCAUCGACCGCCAAGGCCUGAGUGCAGAUGGCUUUUUCACCAUGCUGAGGGGCUACCGUGUGGACACCCUCGACCACCGCAGUGUGCCACCACUGGGUUUCCCCGAGCUACUGCGAUAUGAUACCUCCCUCUCCCCCAGCUUGCAAACAGCAGCUCAGAUUGCCCGAGGUGAGAUUGUUCACAGCGUUGGCUAUGACUACAUAGACAGCGCUCUCCUCUAUAGCCGAGAGAGGGAGAAGUCCUUUAUGAGACGUCUCAAGUCGGACUCCUCGGAAACCUCUCUUUUCAGGAAACUGCGGACCAUAAAGAGCGAGAGCGACGCCCUACGGCUCUCCGUUGAAGAGGACCGACGACCUCUCAGUUUCCAGAAGUGCUUCGCCCACUACGAUGUCCAGAGCGUUCUUUUCAACAUCAGUGAGGCGGUGGCCAGCAGAGCCAACUUGAGCCAGAGGAAGAACACCACCACAGGGGCUUCAGCUGCCUCGGCUGGAGUCGGGCCUGGCGGUGGACCCGGGCCUGGGCCUGGGCCUGUUGCUGGGGCAGAUGGAGGAGUAGCCGGAUGUAGCAGUGGAAACGCCUCCAUUUUUGAGUCUCCGCUAGGCAGCAGGGAGGACUUGAACCCCAAGGAGAAUCUGGAUGCCGACGAGGGGGAUGGGAAGAGCAACAGUUUAGUGCUUAGCUGCUCGCACUUCCGCAAUGAGAUUGGUGGUGAGAUCGAGAGAAGAAUCUCGCUCUCCAGAGCCAACAAUAGCAAUUACAGCAGCGGAGGAGAAAGCUGCUCCUUUGAAUCUUCGCUAAGUUCCCACUGCACCAACGCUGGAGUCUCUGUACUAGAAGUACCUAGAGAAAGCCAGCCCAUUCACAGAGAGAAAGUCAAACGCUACAUCAUUGAACAUAUCGACCUGGGAGCAUACUACUACCACAAGUUCUUCUAUGGGAGAGAGCAUCAAAACUAUUUUGGGUUAGAUGACAACUUGGGCCCCGUGGCAGUCAGUAUCCGCAGGGAAAAGCUGGACGAGGGGAAGGAGAAAGAGGGAAUGCAGUACAACUACCGGGUCACCUUCAGAACCAGUCAGCUCACCACACUCCGUGGGGCCAUUCUGGAGGAUGCUGUCCCGGCCACGACGAGACACGGGACGGCCCGGGGUCUGCCGCUGAAGGAAGUUCUCGAGUAUGUGAUCCCUGAACUCAAUAUCCAGUGCCUGAGGCUGGCCAUCAAUUCCCCCAAGGUCCCAGAGCAGCUUCUCAAGCUGGACGAGCAAGGGCUGAGCUUCCAGCAUAAGGUGGGAGUUCUGUACUGCAAAGCGGGCCAGAGCACCGAGGAGGAGAUGUACAACAACGAGAGUGCCGGACCAGCCCUCGACGAGUUCCUGGACCUGCUGGGCCAGAGGGUGCGCCUCAAAGGUUUCACCAAGUACAGAGCGCAGCUGGACAACAAGACGGACUCAACAGGCACCCACUCUCUCUACACCACCUAUAAGGACUAUGAGUUGAUGUUCCAUGUGUCCACCCUGCUUCCCUACACCCCUAACAACAGACAGCAGUUAUUAAGGAAACGGCACAUUGGCAACGAUAUCGUCACCAUCGUAUUCCAGGAACCCGGGGCUCUUCCCUUCACUCCAAAAAACAUCCGCUCUCAUUUCCAGCACGUGUUUGUCAUUGUCAAAGUCCACAAUCCCUGCACUGAAAAUGUCUGCUACAGCGUGGCUGUUUCCAGAUCUAAAGACGUGCCUCCGUUUGGCCCCCCCAUCCCCAAGGGCGUGACUUUCCCCAAGUCAGCUGUCUUUAGGGACUUCCUGCUCGCUAAAGUCAUUAAUGGAGAAAAUGCCGCACACAAGUCGGAGAAGUUCCGUGCCAUGGCAACACGCACACGGCAGGAGUACCUGAAGGACCUGGCGGAGAACUUUGUUAGCACGGCUACCGUUGACUCCGCUGUCAAAUUUAGCUUCAUCACCCUUGGGGCCAAGAAGAAGGAGAAGGUCAAGCCCAGGAAGGACGCCCACCUGUUCAGCGUGGGAGCCAUCACCUGGAGCGUCCGCGCUCGCGACUUCGGCCAGUCUGCAGACGUGGACUGCCUGCUGGGUAUCUCCAACGAAUUCAUUGUGCUUAUUGAGGAGGAAUCCAAGAACGUGGUCUUCAACUGCUCCUGCCGUGAUGUCAUCGGCUGGACCUCGGGGAUCAUGAGCAUCAAAAUCUUCUACGAGCGUGGUGAAUGUGUGAUGCUGUCGGCCCACGACAACUGCGGGGAAGACAUCAGAGAGAUGGUCCAGAGAUUAGAGAUCGCCACCAGAGGUUGUGAGACGUUGGAGAUGACCCUGCGUCGCAACGGCCUGGGUCAGCUGGGGUUCCAUGUCAAUUUCGAGGGCAUCGUGGCUGAUGUGGAGCCCUUCGGCUUCGCUUGGAAGGCCGGGCUUCGGCAGGGCAGCCGGCUGGUGGAGAUCUGUAAGGUGGCCGUCGCCACGCUAACCCAUGAGCAGAUGAUUGACCUGCUGCGCACCUCGGUCACCGUCAAAGUGGUUAUCAUCCAGCCUCACGAAGAUGGCACCCCUCGCAGGGGUUGCUCCGAGCUCUACCGCAUACCCAUGGUGGAGUAUAAGGUUGACAGCGAGGGUACACCCUGUGAGUACAAGACCCCCUUCAGGAGAAACACCACCUGGCAUCGGGUACCCACACCGGCUGGCCAGCCCCUACCCCGGGGCUCUCCUACACAGGGGCCCGAUCGUAUGCAGUGCCAGCAGAUCCUCCAGCAACAUCAGGCAGCUAUUCCACGGAGCACCUCCUUUGAUAGGAAACUGCCAGAUGGGCCCAGGACAAUGCAGGACAUGGAAAACCCCCAGGUCACCUCAUGUAACAAGGGAGACCAGCACUAUCGUAGCUCACCCAGCAACCAGUCCUCCUCCAGUGACCCAGGACCCUGUGGCAGCACCAACUGGUCCCAGCAGCCUGGAUAUGACGGCUGUCCGUCUCCCGUCCUCCAUGAGCGAUCAGGGGAAAUUCAGGGAGGGGAUGGAGACAGCCACAGGGAAAGAGAGCCCACCCUGGAGAGGACCAGGUCAGCAGAGGCCAAGUGGCACAUUCCAUCCACCAAGAUCCUCAACUCCCUCAAACAGAGAGAGGGAGGGAAAGACUCCCCCAACAAGCUGUCCAGGACUGGAGACAAGAACUCCAGCCACUCGAGCAGCAACACGCUCUCCAGCAAUGCUUCCAGCAACAGCGAUGACAAGCAUUUUGGCUCUGGAGACCUGAUGGAUCCAGAGAUGCUGGGCCUCACCUACAUCAAAGGGGCGUCCACAGACAGCGGCAUCGACACCAAUCCCUGCGUGCCCCCGGGAGCCCGCGUUCUGCUGCAGGGCAGGGUGGGCGAGCAGGGACACCCUUGGGUGUCGGAGCACCACGAGGACGGCGCUCCGGAGGAGGAUCACGGGAAGUUGUUUCUGCCGCCGGGAUACGCCCCUGCGCUCAUGGCCAGUCAUGUGACAGAGGGCAGCAUCGGGGACCUCAGCGAGAUCUCCUCCCACUCGAGUGGCUCACACCACUCUGGCAGUCCCCUGGCACGUGGCGCUAGGUACUGUAUGUCUGCAGACUCCUCCAAGGUCUACACCAUCCCUCAGACCAGCAGCUCGGGGCCGGGGCCCGGGCCAAGCUCGGAGGCCUGUGGACAGACAUGCCCCCCGCCUGGCUGCAAGCACCCAGCGGGCACCACGAGGAGUGAAAGUGUCCACAGCACUGAGGAACCGCCCAACAUUUCAGAGUGUGGGCAACUGUACGCACAGGAAGCUGCCUGCCGGCUGCAGGCUGCAGAGCGGGAGGGCAAAGCGCUGCAGGGGCUGUCGAAAGAGGAGUACCUUAAAAUGAUGCUGCCAGACAGCCCCCCAGGAGAGGACAGGAGGAGAAAGAUGUCAGCAGCUGGCAGCUUGUCACCGCGCCGCUCCCUGUACAGGACCCUGUCAGACGAGAGUGUGUGCAGUAACCGUAAGGGCUCAUCCUAUGCCAGCUCACAUAGCUCCAUGCUGGACCAGGCGAUGCCCAACGACAUCCUGUUCAGCACCACGCCGCCCUACCACAGCACACUGCCGCCCCGAAUGAUCCACAACCAAGGAGCGUCCAACCUGAGGAAUGAGUUCUGGUUCUCUGACGGCUCCUUGGCGGACAGGUCCAAGUUCAGCGAUCCAGGCCUCAUGCCCCUCCCAGACACUGCCUCAGGCCUGGACUGGUCUCACCUGGUCGAUGCGGCACGGGCCUUCGAAGACCAGCGCGUGGCAUCUUUUUGCACAAUGACGGACAUGCAGCGGGCAGAGGCGCUCCAGAUCUCCAAAGAGCUCACCAGACGCGUCGCAGCUGCAGAGGGAGCAGCUCUGGAGGCAGGUGGCUCUCCCUCCACUCUGACCGGGAAGGUCAACCAGCUGGAAGUCAUCCUCAGGCAGCUGCAGUACGACCUCAGAAAGGAGAAGGAGGACAAGGCCAUUUUGCAGGAGGAGGUGCAACACUUGAGGCAGGACAACAUGCGUCUACAGGAAGAGAGCCAGACGGCAGCGGCGCAGCUCAGGAAGUUCACCGAGUGGUUCUUCCACACCAUCGACAAAAAACCCUGAGUGCGACAGACGGACAAGACAGCCUUCGCUGCUCCUCGACACCUCCUCAACCAGCUGAGCAAGACCCAGAGACGAUUCGAGGCGAAUCCAAAAUAACACAAUCGUGUUACACGUCCCAAAAGUGUUGAAAACCCCUCCCAAAAACAAAAAAGAAAAAAAAGCCCGCUGCGUAGAGGACUCUGGUUCAGCUUGUGUGGAAAGACUUGAGAAACCGCUUGGUUGGAAGCUUAGUUUCGGGGACACACACACGCGUCCUACGUGUCUACGGUCUAGGAGUUUGUUAGAUAAAUGCUUAUUCCUCUCCAGACAACGAGAUUUUUGAGAAACCUCCUCGUCUUGAGAGCUGAGAAGAAAAUCCAAGCAACCCCAUCGAGGAGUCUGUCGAAACCCUUUUCCCCCCCCGAAUCCCCGGGAUGUCCUCGCAGUAGUGGAAUGUAAAGCCUUAGCGCUCAUUUACUGUAGUCUACUUGUAAUCUACCUAUGUCACAUCACUCUACUGUAAUGUAUACUUAGCUGUACUGUACUGUACUGCACCGUACUCUGCACACUGUCAGUCAACAGUCUCUGGAGCCGGCCGGGGCCCGCUGCUCAUCACAGAUCCAGGGAGCCGGAAACUGGAGAGGAUCAGCAGAGGGAGAAGACAUCAUGAAGGAAAAGAGGGAAAAGGGGGGUGGGAAGCCUUCUUUCUUUCCCACCCGCAUUUUGCGAAGACCCGCCCUACUCUGCAUCCGAUUGGUUAGUACUCGUUGCCUCUGUUGGUUAGGGUGGGGCUAUGGAUAGGGUUAGCCAAUCAGAGGCGGAGAAGGGGCGAGUCUUCCCGGAGUGCGGGUGGGGAAAAACAAGGCGGAUGGGAAGAGGGAAGGAAUGUAUAUUGGACAUAAUGAAGUGAUACUUGCUUUCUGCGUACACCGAGAGGAAUCCAUAUGUGGUGUUCUUGAGAAGUACUGUUGGGGGGGGAUGAAUGUAGCUCAACUGAGACUUUGAUUUUUCUUUUGAUUUUUUUUUUUAUUAUGGACUUUCUGGUUUCCCAUUUCCCAAAGUUUUAGAAACUUGAUUCAAAAGCUUUUUUUUCUUUCCUUUUUGUGCGCUCUCUUUCCCUCACUGUUGUAACUUAGGGUCCUUCGGCAGUAAUCUUGACGUUUGAAAGGUGCUUUUCCCUACAACCUCAACAUGUUUUGUCGGUAGUUUCUCUCCACUGUCACAAUGUCUUAGCAAUAAAAAAGUUGUAGCUACAAAACCGUGUCGUAUGGGAAGAAAAUGUAAAAUAAAAAAAAUGUUUUAAAAAAAAUAGCACAAACGUGAACAGUUCCUGGCAGGAAGCGGUUGUAUUUGACGUGUGUUCAUGCAACAGGAAUAGACUGUGCCUAAAAAAACUCCUUGGUGUAAAUGGAUUGUUUCUCUUUGCUUUAAGUUUUCGUGCAUAAACACAUGCCUUGUCUGUGGCUCACUGAUCUGGAGAGACUGUGUGCGUGUGUGUGUGUGUGUGUGCGUCUGUACGUGGGUGUGUAGUUUACUACAGUAAAAUGUGUUCAUAUGCAGUGGUUUCUAGAGCAUUAGAGCAAGAAGCAGUGAACCACACUUACAAUGCCAAAUGUGUUUAUUUCUGUACAGAUCCGCCACAGAAGUGUCUUGUAUUUAACACCAUUAUUUAAGCUUAUUUAACCUAAAGUUGUUUAUUUUAUUAAGGUUUUUUUUUGUUUCGUUUCGUUUUUCUGCACUAAGGAAAGGAAAAGCUCUGUGUACGUUGUAAAGUGUGUAGCUUGCCAGGGCAAAACUAUAUAUUUAAAUAUAUAAAUAAUUUGUUUUGGAGAUUCCAACAUUUGGAUGCUGCUAGAUUACAGUUUGCUGGUUUGUUUGCUUUUACAGAUGUCCCUCUCCGUGAACUGUCUCAUCCCAGACGGGAUACUGGUUGCUUUUAUUGGUUUUGUUUUUUUGUUUGUUUGUUGUUUUUUUUAAAUAAAUGUAGUUAU